AUGAAAUCGUGUGUCAUUUGCGGUGCAACUAACGGAGAUGUGGUCCUUCGACCUCAGACGCCCAAGGAGGAUGUUCGGAGUAUGCUGGCCAAGUGGGCUUCGAAAGGCGAAUUCGUAGAGGCCCACAGGAGGUCCUCUAGAAGGGACGAUUGGUCCUGGCACCGACAGUGCAUUGCUAAAAUCCAGCCCCACAAAUUCGCGAGGCAGUACGAAGAUGAACAACAGGACCUUGCGGCGGAGGCCCAACCCGGACCUUCAAGGCCUGACACCCCGCCGCCUCGAGUCCCCCGCCGUAUCAGCGCUCCUAUUCCCCGGAAGGAAUGCUUCUUCUGCGGUGAUGGAGACAAGCCAAAUGAAGUCCUGCACCGGGUGAGCACGACCGGGAGUGCCAAUCGAAUCAUUGAGGCGGUCCACAAGGAACGAAUUCUGCGUGGAAAAUCCAGCUUCCUCCUGACCUCGACGUCCUGGCUGCCGACGUGA